UAACGCAUACACAUCGCCAAUUUAGGCAUUUUCUCGCACGUAAAGUUGCAAAUAGUGCGUGCAUUUUUCGCACUUUCCCGCGCGCACAUACCUCCGGCAGCCGUGAAAUUGAUGCCCCCAGUUCUGGAAGAUUAGUAGGCAUGGACGAAGAUUAUUCGGCGUCAUCUUCGGCCGGCGGCGGCGGUGGCAAGAAGGCCGGCGUGGGCAAGCAGCACAACACGCUGCCCUUCUGGGGCAACGAGAACUCGAUGAACCUGAAUCCCCUGAUCCUGGCCAACAUCCAGAGCUCCAGUUACUUCAAAGUCCACUUGUUCAAGCUGAAAACCUAUCACGAAGUGGUCGACGAGAUCUACUACCAGGUGAAGCACAUGGAGCCCUGGGAGCGUGGAUCCCGCAAAACGUCCGGCCAAACGGGCAUGUGCGGCGGUGUGCGCGGCGUUGGCGCCGGCGGCAUCGUGUCCACGGCGUACUGCCUACUCUACAAGCUAUACACGCUGCGACUGACCCGGAAGCAGAUCAACGGACUGCUCAACCACACAGACUCGGCCUACAUCCGCGCACUAGGUUUCAUGUACUUGCGAUACACGCAGCCGCCGAGUGACCUGUACGACUGGUAUGAGGACUAUCUGCAGGACGAGGAGGAGAUCGACGUAAAGGCGGGCGGCGGCCAGGUACUAAGCAUCGGACAGAUGGUCUAUCAGUUUAUGACCAAGCUGGACUGGUUCUCCACGCUCUUCCCGCGCAUCCCCGUGCCCAUUCAGAAGCAGAUCGAGAAGAAGAUUGAGCAGUACUGCAGGGAGCAGGGUCUGACCGUUAACCAGCUGAGCACGGGCCGGUCGGCAGCGGGUCAGGGCGCUGGCGGUGGCGGUGGUCAAGGAGCCGCUGGCCAGGAUGCGGACUACCAGGAGUACCAAGAGGGAGGUGCUGGCAUGGAUCGUGGAGGCAACGGCGGCGGGGAUCUGGCUCCCGACCCAACGCCUACCCACCACCAAUUAACUACCGCAACGAUCAUGAUGAUCGUGACUAUUAUGCCGCCUCCUCGGGCUCGUCCCACGCCCGUGGACGAGGUGGCUACGAGGACUACCCACCGGCGCCGCUGCUGCCACAGAUGCCCUAUGGUUCGGGCGGUGAACGCGAAAGGGAGAGAGAUCGAGUGCGGGAUAAGGAAAAGGACUACGAUCGCCACCGCAGCAAGCACAAGAGAAAGCACAAGCACAGACAAAAUUCGCGUAGCCGGAGCAGAAGUCGCAGCAAGAGUCGCCACCGCUCUGAGCGGCAUGAGCGCAAGCGCGACGGCGGUGGAGGGUGCUAUGAGCGCAGCAGCAAGAGCCGGCACAACGAACACUAUGAAGAGCGGGAGCGACGACACCGGUGAAGGCCGAUCCGGAUCCCACCCACCAGACAAACCUACUCCUGCUUCAGUUGUUUUACUACUAACUAACUUUGUUUCCACUAUAACAUAUACAUUUUUAAUUGUGAAACAUUUUCACUUCUUUGGGAGCCGCGAAAGACAUAUGCGCUUCUUACUCAGGUUAAACACUCCCCGAAUACCUAAAAUCCCCCAAAACUAACUCUAAAAACUAGACACAAUCACACACUCAGACACAGCAGCAAGGCUAUAUUUUGUAAUUUGUGACAACACUUACGCUGAUAAAAUAGUUUCCAAGUUGUGUUUAUGCAAAUAAAGUCAAAACUAAUUUGUUUAAAA